AGGCAAAGUUACUGCGCUGUUCUCAGCCGUGCUGCACGUUCCAGCCAUCCGCAGCACCCCCUGUCCCUAGAGGGCUCAUUUUGUCUGGGAAGGUUCACACCCCGCGUAAAGAUGACUAUGCAGAACCCAAACAACAGCCUGCUUUCCUUCAUCAUCUUAAUUUAUUGCUCUUAGUUUAGGAAAUUACAGCAACGUUUUUAGAUUUGGUUUAACCUUUGAAAUCUCUCUACUCGCAAUAGGACUAGCAGGUCAGGGCUGGAGGACUUUGCUGUAGUGAAAUAAUAAUAAAAAAAUACAACUCAGUAUAGUUGGCAACUCUAAUCUAUUUGCUUCACGCAUCGUAUUUUUUCUUUCCCCCCCACCCAACCCACUUCUUGAUUUUAUGUAUAUUUGUGUAAUUUGUCUUUCUAGAGCUGUAUCUUCAAAAUUAUUUCUUUUGGUGUAAAUAUACGGUAGCAUUUUAGGUUUCUACAUGUUUUAUUUUAACGGGAAAUGCUUUGUGUUCUAAGCCAUGGGCCGUUCAGAAUAAGGAAACAGAUGUUUGUUCAUUUGUGUUCCAGUUCUGAUUCUCUUAAGUUCUCCUUCGAUAUUUAUUAGCAAUCCUCUUCCUGGUCACGGAAUCCCACGGAGCUUGCACUGGGAGGUGAGCAAAGCCUUCGUGUCAUUUUGUGGCCAGAAGCGUGUGGAGGAGGGGAGGAAAAUGGUGCUUCAGCAAAACUCAACGUUUCUGCUCUUCCGGGGUUAUUCAUUCCCGGGCAAUGGUUUUGCUAAUUCUUACGUGAUUUUAAUAGAUACAUGAAGGAGCCCUUGGUUGUGUACUUCUCAAGUAUUGUUCCCAAAGUGCAUUUGCUAGUUUUUAUUGUGUGUUCGGUGGCUAACUGUUUGAAGUAUUACCUCUUAACCUUAUUUGUCGAUUUUUUUUUUUUGGGGUGUUUUUGCAUUUUGUUUUAUAUAUAUAAAUAUAUAUAUAUAUUCAAUUUUCCAAGAUGGACUCGGUCUUUUUCAGAUGUCCCCUUUUUACAAGUACUUUUUCAUUAAAUUAUGAAACUGCUAACAGUAUUUUCAUUUGUUGUGAUUUAUUUAGGGCUUCACUCUCCGUGUCCGUAGGUCAUUAAACUCAUCGGUCCAACAGCAGCGCCGCGUCCAUCAGGAGUAAAUCAUUUCCACUGAGCUAGCAACACUUUAACAAGCCGAAACGUGAAGGAAAACCUCUUCCCUUCAGCCUCCCCCCCAGAAAAGUCACUGAGAGCUGAUUUGCUGUGUUUAGCAAAUAGUCCAUGGCUGGCUUUGGUUUCUGCCUAGCCCAGCAAAUGCGAAAGGCCGUUUUCUGCACUGGUCUCACUUUUUUGUCUGUCUGCUUCUGUUUUGGUAUGUCUUCUUCUCUUGGUUGUACAAAUUAAGUUGUAGAGGGGUGCCUGAAGCCUGGCUGGCUGCCUCGUCCCACUUCUCAUACAUGCUCAAAUACUCUCACACAUGCACAAAUAACUGGCCGGUGCUGUACAAGGAACAGAUUGGCACAGGCCCAUUCCCAGGCUGAUGCUGCGUGUGGGUUUUGCUUUGAUGCUCUGCUGUAGUUCCCCCUGCUCUCACAGGCCAGAGCUGUGCUGUACCGUGCUGCUUGACCAAAGCUGCUGCUGCCUCAAGGCGGGUGAGAAGGCAGGAAAGGAGGCAGCAAAAGCAAGGAUGGAGAGCGAGGAGCAUGUGGAGCUGUGCAACCCUGACAGCAUCCUUCCUGCCCUGGAGGGACAGGGACUUGCUGUGUGUGCCUGAGGCCAUGGUGAAGUGAGAUGGAACAGAGCAGUGAACAGUAUGCGGUUGGACGUACUAACAGGAGUGGAGCUGGAGUGGGACAGGUGAAACAGGGCAGUGAGUCCCAUGGCUGGGAAGAAAACCCAAGGGAGGAAGGAAAAGGGGAGUGAAGGUGCAUACAGAGGAGAGGAAAAGAACAGCAUAGAUAGACUAUGAUAGACUGAGAGCUGAUUUUCAGGACCAGGAUUUCUUCCCUGAAGGUGCGCUUGCCGGUUUCAGUAAGAGGCUGCCUUUUUGUGCCUUUUUGACUGGUAGCCUCGCAUCUCUUUGAAAGUGCAGUCCAGUUGUGCCUGGGAUGUGAAAAAGACAGACAAAGAAGGACAUCGGUAUUGCCAUUUGUUUCCUUUGGAAACAACUGCUGCUGGUUCGCAGAGUCAUUAGAAAUGACAGUUCCAACAGCCACGGCAGUCUGGUUACUUGUUGAGAGUAACUUGGGCCAAACUCUCCCAAAAACAAGCAGGGUCUUCAUGGUGAUUUCUAGCACCACUGUCUCUGGAUUUAUGUCUUUGCCUAAGGAGAAAACACUUUACAACUGUAACUGGUGCAUUGGCUCUGCCAUUACAUGCAUCCUUUGUAUAACUUUCUCUUUGCAUCAUGAAUCCCAAACCAUACAAGGAGAAAUGACAAAUGCUUGACUAUCAAAAGCAACCUUUAAAGUUCACACUUGGUUUUGAUGUCAUAACUCACUGCUACCAUGGGUGAUGCCCAGGCGUGCAGGCUGUAUGGCAGAGAUGGCAGAGCAAGAAGUAUGCUCAGUGACUGAAUUACUAAAUCUGCCUCUGUGAACUGAGAUAACGUGACAAGCCAGUCAUCACAAUCGGCGUGAACUCAGAUGAUCCUAGUACCUAUGAUGGGUUUAGCACUGCAGGGAAUUGACACAUCUAUUGGGAAAACCCUCACUUGAUGUGAAUUAAUGAGUAAGAGGAAGCUCCUUGCACAAUUUGGGAGCUAGGCAUGCAAGGGAAAAGUACAGGCAAAGGGCAGAGAUGAGAAACAAUGGAGUGCCUUAGUACUGCUGCUCUAGGGAUAAGUGAAGGCUUGCAGGAUCCUGGGUUCUGGUUCUGCUUCUUAAUCUUACUUUAUGCCAGCAUCAUGGCACAGCAGGCCUUGGCACCUUCUGGGGUGCAGUUCUGCAGCAUUGCCUGCUUGUCUGGGCCAUCCCCAACAGGCUGGACAGGGCUCUGAGCACCCUGAUGUAACUGUAGGUGUCCCCGUUCAUUUCAGGGGAUUUUGUUUGACUUGAUGACCUUUAAAGGUCCCUUCCAACUCAAACGAUUUCUAUAGUUCUAUCCUGGGAUAACUGCACCUGAGCUCCACUCCCCUCUCGCAGGCGGACUCUUCUCCAGUGAUGGGACAGAACUAGAUCGCUGUGACAGCAAGCACAGUUUCUUGAAGCAAAACUGUUUUUUUCCUUUAAGAAUUACAUAGCAGGUGGGGAGUUGUUUUCAAAUAGCAGAUGUGCAUGCAUGUGUUUCUAGAGAUAAUCCCUUUGCACGUAGCUUGGGUAAAUUUAUAUUGCUGCGUAAGGAGAAGCAGCCUCAGGUAUUUGUCCAUUAGUUUCUCUGCCUCUAUGAGUAAAGCUUCCAGAUAAUCUCUUUCUCCAGCAGGCUUCUCAUGGCUGGGGCUGUGUCCUAGAUCCACCUUGCCCUGCCUUUCUGCCUUUUGUUUGGGGCUGUUGUUCUCCUAAGCCCUGAAGCUGGUAUCUGUUUUGGCUGGGCUGCCUUAUCUGAGGCAUUGUUCUAAAUCUGCUAGGCUUGCUAAUGACACCUUUACGGCUUCUUUUUACCCUGCCAUCCUCAAGCCAUUUUUCCAGUCUCUUGUUUUCCCCCAGGUGCUGCCCCACCUGCCCUCAUCCUGGAGAUGAGCACUGGGCACUGCGACAGGCAUUCCUUUACAGGGUGCCCUAAUGGCUCCAGAGGCGUUCUGCCAGCCAGACUGGUGGGCCUGUGACCUGAGGAGGAAUUCCAAACCUAGUGCAACAGCAAUGCAUAAAAGAUGUCUUCAGGAAACUUCCUGGUUGUCCAAAAGCCUUUGAGCUUGUGACCGACAUCAAGACGCCACUCCUCAUAUUUGCCGAGGCCUCGGUAACCACAGGGAGCCCGCUGGGGAUGGCACUUGGGAAAAGAGAAUGUGUUAUGUGCCAUUUGGGAAAAUGGUGCUGGCUCUGAAAAUGCAGGUCCUCGUGGGGGGAUGAGAUAGCUGAGGGGACGAAUCAUUCAGCCAUCCUGCUCCCAAGGGCACCCACUGCCACCGGAACAGCUGGGUCUGGGAGCAUUCCUCCACGGCUCCACCUCUCUUAUCUCCUGGGGUGGUGCUGCCCAACAUCACUGAUAUGUUGGGCUCCAUUUGCAUCUGGCUGGAUAGGGCCAGAGGCAGCUCUGCUCCUCCAGCUGAUGGCUCAGCAUUGUUCUGCUAUCUCUGAAAGGGCACGGGCUUACCUUCUGUCCCCUGGUCUCCCCUGGCCAAAAUAAGACUAAAGGCAGAGAACUGGACAGGCCAGGUGAUGUGGAAUAACUGUGAGCAAGUCAUCGUUUACAUGGGUCACAGGCAGCUAAUCCGGAAAACAGGCUUCUCUCGAAUUGUCUGAUUGAAUGCACUGAAUUAAGCUCAGAGCAGUUGUCCCAAACCUGCAGUUAAUUUGAGGUUUGCUUCUGAUUUGGGCCUGAAGAAGGGCUUGUGUGCCCAAGCGCUGCGAACACUGAGGGCACUGUUACUGAUACUGCCUCCAUUGUGGCUGUAAUUCUGCAGCUGCCACAGGACAUAUCAAUGAUCUUUCUUUUUCCCAAGGCAAGCAAAAUGCAAAUCCAGGCCACAUGGGGUACAAAGAGCAGGAAAGCAAGGCAUUAGGAAACAUUUCUUGGCCAUGCUCCACUGGAAGAAUGCUCACCCUUUCUGAGGCGCCCUGUUCCCCGCUGGAGGAGCGGAGGGCUGGGGAGGCCCGGCUGGACACUCAAGCUUUGUGAGGUGGCCUGGGAUGGCAGGAACUAGUGCUAGCAGCAAGCCUGGGUUAGCCAUUACAGAAGAGUCAAAGGAGGAGCACUGUGCCACAUAACCAGAGGUCUAAGUUCAAAAUAUUUGACACUUUGGCAGAAGGGAGAGUUGGUGUUGUAACCUGGAGCGCGCAUCAGCUGUUAAUGUUCUCCCAAGGCAUGUCGUCCGUUAAGAUCGAGUGCGUCGGGAGUGACCGCUACAGGCUCGGGGAGUCCCCGGUGUGGGACGAGAAGGAGAACUCGCUGCUGUGCGUGGACAUCACGGGCAGGAAGGUCUGCCGCUGGGAUGCGGCCAGCGGGCAGGUGCAGGCUGUGUCCGUGGAUGCUCCUGUGAGCUCUGUGGCUCUUCGGAAGUCGGGGGAUUAUGUCAUCACGCUGGGAACCAGGUUUGCUGCUUUGAAAUGGAAAGAGCAGUUGGUAACCACCAUUGCUCAGGUGGACAGAGAUAAAGCAAACAACCGAUUCAACGAUGGGAAAGUAGAUCCUGCAGGGAGGUAUUUUGCAGGUACGAUGGCUGAAGAGAUUCGACCCGCAGUGCUGGAGAGACGCCAGGGCUCCCUCUACACGCUCUGCCCUGACCACUCUGUGGUGAAGCACUUUGAUCAGGUGGACAUUUCCAAUGGGCUGGACUGGUCGCUGGAUCACAAAACCUUCUUUUACAUUGACAGCUUGUCCUACUCAGUGGAUGCCUUUGAUUAUGACCUCCAAACUGGAAAAAUUGGCAACCGUAGGAGUGUAUACAAACUGGAAAAAGAGGAGAGCAUUCCUGAUGGGAUGUGCAUUGAUACAGAAGGCAAACUCUGGGUAGCUUGCUACGAUGGUGGGAGAGUGAUUCGCCUUGAUCCUGAGACAGGAAAAAGAAUCCAGACGGUGAAGCUUCCUGUUGACAAGACAACUUCCUGCUGCUUUGGAGGAAAGGAUUAUUCAGAGAUGUAUGUGACUUCUGCCAGCGACGGGAUGGAUAGAGAGUGGCUCUCCCGGCAGCCGCAGGCUGGUGGGGUUUUCAAGAUCACUGGGCUUGGUGUGAAAGGAAUCCCGCCAUAUCCAUUUGCGGGUUAGAUGUGCACUCUUCAGAAUGAAUUCAAGGAAACUGACUUAAGCAAGACAAGUCAGAAGGUCUUAUCUGGGUGUUCAGCAUCUCUUGCCUUGAAACCAUAACACAAUUACAAUAUCUCAUCAGGAAAGGAUGAAGAACUAAUGAAAUACGUGGAAUAUUUUUAGGCUGAAAUAUCUAAUGGUAUAUUUUGUUGUAGUAAAAGAUUCUCACCCUAAUAAACUAUUGGAUAUUGUAA